AUAUUAUAUAAAUGUAUGUAUAUAUUUAGAUAUAUAAAUUUUCUAGUGGAGAUAGUGAAAAUGUGUUGUGUGUUGAUAGUGACAAUUUGUUGGCGCUUUGCAUCAUUUAAGCUACUUAAUGACAACAAAUUGAUGAUAAAUUAAGAGCAAAAUAUUUUAAAAAGUCUAGGAAAGGGUAACGUAGAACAAAAAAAGUAUUUGAACUUUGACAAUCUACAUCCAAUCUAAGAGAGCGGCUCAAAAAAGUAUAUACUUAAUGAAAAAUUACGCAGAAAUUAAUUAAUAAUUCCUGAUUGAUGUGUCAGGAAAAGGAAUAUACAAAUACUCUCAUAAACAAUGUAAUGACGAUUUUUAUAAACAUGGCCACCUUAUCAAUAGCGGAUACACAAUUGCUAAAGAUUAAUAAAGAUCUAAUGGUAUGCCAUAAUCAUCAGCAACAACAACGACAGCAGCGGUGCAAAAUUCCUCCUCAGACUUCCCACCCUCAUCAAGACCAACGAAAACAACGUUCUGAACGUGCUUCAAGCCUGGCUUUACCACCCGACUCGCUAUUGGAUUUUUAUGAUUAUCAGCAAAAGCAGUGCAGUUCGGUGGCUCUUUUGCCCGUCAAUGCGAAUGGGGGAGUUACACGACGUCAUUCAUCGCAUUGUUAUCCCACGUUGGAGGAUGCAAGUCAACAAAAACCACUUUUAAAACAGCAUGAAACUUUUAGCAGUAUCUCAAGAGCCAAGGCACCGACAGACGUGGCUGAUGUUAAGGGCCUACACAGAAAACAGUCGUCAGCAACUGUUCCUAGUAAACCGGGAAAUAUAAUAUCAAUAAAUAAUCAGGUGAGUCUUUUAAACUGGAAAUGUCAGCACGCCGACAAUAUAAAAAACUCAACAAAAUCAGCAAUAAUAGCCGACAUUUGUGUGACAGGCAAAAUACAAAAGCCAAGUUUAUCGCUACCACCACCUCCAGUACCCAAGCGUACAUUUCACGGAAAGUUUACUCUCAAUAACCUAAAAAAUGUGGUGACGACAUCCGCAGAAUUAACUUCCGCGACCACAAAGCAAAUAUUAGCUGAACGUAAACAACAACCGACAAUCGGAAUGAGUUUCUCUUAUUCCCAACAGCAACCACUUCAAAUUCAAGCGCAACUUUCACCACAAACCCAAGAUUCGCAAAAGAUGCAUGUGAAACCUUUAUCUGAUAAUGAUUUUUGCGCAACUUAUACUUCGAACGAUGGACAAAUAAGUAAAGAUCAGAUGCGUGUCGCACCGAUUUCGCUAUUGCCACGAUUAAGUUCCCGCACUCUACUAACGGCCGCGAUUGCUGCAAACGAUGCUGGAGCCAUAUCAGAUGAUGAUCGUAUGAGCUUGGAAAAUUCAGUCUUUGAAGAAUCUCUUAACACAACACCAGUUAGGUUCACCAGCGGCAAACUAUGCAGUAGUACUGUGGCAAUAAAAAGCUUUUCGGCCAUUAGCGGGAGUGCAGAAUUUAAUUUUAUCUCAAAGCGUUCAAAUCUGUCUUCUUCUAGUACGAUAGACUCCUCUGGCUAUAUGUCUCAUAAUGAACGUCUAACUUCCACUUCUACCAAUCCGGAUUUUCGUAGUAGAUUUUCCUCGGUAGAUACUCAGUCUUCUUUUGACAGUUCUGCGCCGGAAAAACUAUCGGUAGAUCUAUCUUUAAAUACAAAUGGUAGCGGUCAUCAGCAAGAUGACGAUAACAACUACAGCAAUUCAACAAUCUAUAACAAGACCAGAACCAUUAACCAAUCACCUGCGGUACCAUUACGCAAGCAAUUUAAUGACGGACAAAAAAAAAUUACAAACUUUGACAAAACGGUCUUAAGUAAUGCUAUUGCUAAUGCUGAAGGUAAGAGUGUAAUGACGGUAUCCAAUUCAGCUUCCACCUCUUCAACUACUUCGGCUGGUUCAUCCAUAUCCACCGAUUCAUCUAACUCUAUGUCUGUUUCCGGUGCAGGGAAUUCACCAUUAAUUUCUCUGCCACAAUCGGAAAUAAGCAAACGUGCUAUACCCCCAGUACCGCCAGUAAGAAUCUCAAACCAAACUCUUCAGUUGAUGGAUUCUACUGAAAAUAGAGCAACAAAUCCUGUAUCGCUUACCACCCGCAAUAAAUUAAUGACGAACCUGCAACGUACCCAUAAUUCGAAUGUACGCAGUGAAUUAUUCGUUUGUAGUUUCAAAAAUCGCGAUAAGAAUCUGAAAAAUUCAUCUCUUUUACAAAAUGCACUCAGUUACGAAAGAUCCACUUUUGGAAUGGAUGCAAAUGCCUCUCGUAGCUCAGCGAAAACUACAACUGACAGUAGCUCACAAACGCCGCCCAAGCCAAAACAUAAUUGCAGACAAGAUUCAACUAUAUCAAGUGAUAGUUUUAGUCAAACUUCAAAUCCCAGCUAUAAUACAAAGUUACUGGAAGCUCCUUUGCUACCGACUACAUCCAUGAAACAGUUAUGCUCAGUCUCCAAUGCCAUCAGCGUAAAGCAAAAAUUUCAAAACGAAACUAUCGAUGAAAUGCUAGAUAGUGUACCCUUAUCUCCUCUAACCAAAUGCGUUUCAACACCGGCUAGUUUACAAACAAUAGUACGUUUUCAGAAUGGUUCUCCAAAUACAAUGUCGUUGCCGCAUCAGGUCAUUAAUCAUCGUAAAAGCUCAAAUCCUUACAUUACCAACGGUCGCUUAAAAUUUCGUUUAUUCCAAAUAUUAAUAAAUGCUCUAGCUUUAUUGGUCAUAGCAGGGGGCUUUGCAGCCUAUUUUAAUGCUUAUCCUACCAUCAAGUUCAUCAAUAAAACAAUUAUUAAUACUGUUCAUGUUGAGGAUUCAUUGAAGUAUGGUAAAAAUCCUGCUCCUGGUACCUGCUUACCUAUUAUAGUAAAAUUCUGCAAAGGACCUCAUAUCCCAUAUAAUUUUACAGUAUUUCCAAACUAUAUUGGGCAUUUUGGACAGUUGGAAACGCAAGUGGAUUUGGAUGCUUACGAAGCUUUAGUCGAAGUUCAUUGUUAUGAAUUGGUAUCUUUGUUCCUAUGCACUUUAUUCGUGCCGAAAUGUGGUGCCUCGGGGUCAACAGUGGCUCCCUGCAAGUCCCUCUGCACUGAAACUAUGAGACGUUGCGGUUUUUUCUUUGACGUUUUCGGAUUAAGUCUUCCUGAGUACCUAAAUUGCAAACUAUUUAAAGACUUCGAAAGCCCCGAAGAUUGCGUAGGUUUCGAACAAGUCCGCGAAAUUAUGAUAGCUUAUGCUAACCCAAAAUGCGAAGGGUUCCAAUGCGAUCACAAUCGUUGCAUACCUGAUGAUUAUGUGUGUGAUGGACAUUUGGACUGUAUGGAUCAGAUGGAUGAAGCCAAUUGUGAGAAAUGCUCUCACGAUGAAAUCCAUUGCGGGCGCGAAAAAUGUAUAAGUUCUAAACAUAUAUGUGAUGGUAUAGUGGACUGUCCCUAUGGUCAAGACGAAAGAAAUUGUAUACGCUUAAGCGAACGCAAUGGUGAUUUUGGUAAAGGCGUAUUAGAAGUCUAUCGCAUCAGUUCACACGAAUGGUCUCCGGCUUGUGUCAAAAAUUGGGAUCGUGCUAUUUCACCGAUGACAGUUUGCUCCAUGCUUGGUUACAAUUCUGUCAAUGCUACCAAUGUGAUCACUCAAAAGACGCAUAGGCCAUUGCUGACUUCAGUUAAUAUUUCGGAUAAUGUCUGGAAAAUGUAUGCGAAAAAAAGGUCAAACUUAAUUCAACAACUGUCGAGCUGUCAGCCAGAUGAAGAUUAUCCUAUAGCCGAACUGACUUGUUCCAACUAUGAAUGCGGGAAAAUCAGGAAAGUGAAAGACCACACUUCAACGCGUAUUGUUGGUGGUAUCCAAGUUAGUCCAGGUUCAUGGCCUUUUUUGGCUGCUAUUUUAGGCGGUCCUGAAAGAAUUUUUUAUUGUGCUGGUGUGCUGAUAUCAGAUCAAUGGAUUCUAACAGCUUCCCAUUGUAUUGGCAAUCACACAGUUAUCGAUUUAGACGAUUGGACUGUACAACUCGGCGUUACCCGCCGUAAUUCUUUUACUUAUUCCGGUCAAAAAGUUAAAGUUAAAGCCGUCAUUCCUCACCCUUUAUAUAAUGUAGGCGUGGCACAUGACAAUGACAUCGCCUUAUUUCAGCUUUCUACGCGUGUGGCUUUCCAUGAACAUUUACUGCCCGUUUGCUUACCGCCUACUAACAUGAAACAACUUAAAGCGGAAUCGUUGUGUAUGGUUAUCGGUUGGGGUAAACGUGAAGAUCGAAAAGACCCUAAAAUUACGUACGAACACAUAGUGAAUGAAGUACAAGUUCCCGUCAUCAGAAGACAACUAUGCGAAGAAUGGCUGGAAAAUUAUACCGUAUCGGAAGGAAUGAUCUGUGCUGGUUAUGAGGAUGGCGGCAAAGAUGCAUGCCAGGGUGACUCUGGCGGCCCUCUACUCUGUCCAUACCCGGGUGAAAAGGAUAAAUGGUUUGUAGGUGGCAUUGUCUCGUGGGGUAUAAAUUGUGCUAAUCCCAAAUUACCAGGUGUUUAUGCGAAUGUCGUAAAGUAUGUACCUUGGAUACUCGAGCAAAUACAAAAGCAUGCUAGGCCGCUAAAUGACGAAAAAACUUCAAAGCAUGACUUCCAUCGCGGAGGGCCACAUAUAGCAUUGAACAUGGCGACGACGCCUGGAAAUAUCAAAACAUUCCACAAAAUACAAAAUCAAAGUCCUAUGAAUGUCGAUUACUAUCACAGUGAGGAAAUGAGCAACAAAUAGAACGUAGAAAAUUAUCGCUAAAAAGGUUGUAUAUGCUAUUUGUUGCCAUUAUCACUUAUACAGUAUGUAACAAACAUAAUAACAACAGUAAAAUCAAAAAAUUUGUCAAGUUCUAGAAUUUAUUUGAAACUAUUGGAACUUUGCGAAGCACAAAGCAUUGCAUAUUCAUUCAAUUGUACAGUUUAACAAUUCUUUUUGGAAAGCGUUUAACGUUUAAGACAAUAAUUUGUUUUGUAUAGAAAAUUAAAAAAAAAGCAAAGCAAAAUGUGUUUAUCUGAGUCGUCUAUUAUUCACAUAUCUACAUAUUUAUACAAAUACGAAAAAUUUUCUACGAAAGAUUGGUGUGCGUAUUUAAAAACACAUUUAUAGUGAAAGUCUUUAGCUAAUGUUAAAGAUGCUUUAUUGUUUUGUUUAAAAAAUCAAAGUAAAAUAACAAAUAACCAAAGUAAUUAAAGGAGAUAUGCUGGACAAUAAACAUUUAUGGAAACAUAAAAGAAAGAAGACAAUAAUAUCAACUAGCACUAAUAAGAACUACUAUUAUUGUAUAUACACUUACAUAUAUAUAAACAAAUAAAUUAAUCUAGAAUUAAGAAAAUCAAUGUACUUUAACGUUGCUACUGAGAAAAUUUUUAAAACCAGUGUUACGAAUAUUAAAAAUUUAGACACAAUUUGUUGAAUGGAUUCUUGUGUUUAACUUUGACAGGCUAACGAACUUUACUUUUCUACCUCUUUUUGCCUCUUUCCCCUCACCCGCGCUUUGGCAACCUUUUUCUAUUCUAUAAUAGAUAUUUUUCUUAAAGUUAUUUUAGAAAUAGAUUUUGCAGUCAAGAGAGAAAUAUUCUGUUAUAAGCAGGCUUGUAUGUAUGCACACACUGCAGUAAAUGCAUGGGUUUCAGCUUUAAAUAACUUUAAAUGAAAAUAAAUAUUAAAACUAAAGCUAAAACUAAAACGGCUAGAAUAUUAAACCUUUGUUCUUUUUAAUUGACUUUAAAAGAACAUCACGAAUAUAUUUUAAAAUUUAUUAGAUUUUCUGGUUUGCCGAACUUGAAAAAUUAUAUAUUAAAACAUAUAUAAAAAAAAAAACAAGAAAAAAACUAAUAAUUGCGUUUUGUACUUUUGCCAGUUGUUUCAAUUAAUUUGAUCUUCAAAUUGCAGCUUUACUAGUUCGGAUAAUAUAACUUCAACGCUUGUUUCGAGACAACGUAAUUGGAAUCGCCUUAGAAAAUUUUCUAUCUUUUCUCGAUAUACGAACCAAUCACCUUUAUCACCUUUAUCGGCAUUGAUAUCACAUACCAGCAGCUGUUCUAAAUUAAACUGAGCUUUAUUUACAAAUGGUCUGGAAAGCUCAAAGUGAAAGCGACUUCACGUUGUUUUGCUUUUUCGAAUUUAAGGAUCCAAAGUGAUAAGAUAGGUAUACAUAAACCAGCUUGAACAAACGAUAUCUCAUAAGUCACAAUGUAUUUAAUAGAUGUUUAUGAAUCGCUUGCCUACAUUUUUCUGUGAAAAUUUGAAAAAGUCGUUUAAUUUUUUCCAAUAAGCUUUAGAAAGUACAAAACAAAGUUUAUUU